AUGGAAAUAAGUUGCAUUAACCGAAAUGGAGAAAGUGGAGAGGCCUACGGGUUAGAUCGACCAAGAUACUGCACAUUUCAUGAUGGACCCGGACACACUAUUGAUGAAUGCUGGGACUUGAGAGAUCCCGGUAGGAGAAAGAAGCAGACUGAAGAUAACAAGGGCAAAAAGGCAAAGUCUAAUAGUAAUGAAUUCCUAGAGUCUGAGUUCGAGUGUAAUGUGAUCAAUAGAGCAUUGGGCGGUAGAGGAGAGUCGUCAAGUGUUAGAAGGAAAUACCUCAGAGAAGUACUCUCAGUACGAGAACGGGAAAAAUUUAAAGAAGAUUCUAGCAAGCCAGAGCCCCCACUCCUGUACUUCACCAAAGAAAAGCUGAGAGAUGUUGUGAUGGGACAUGAAGAUGGAUUAAUCAUUACCAAUACCUUGGUAAACUAUUGUGUCAAGAAGAUAUUCGUUGAUCCUGGUAGUUGUGCUGACAUUCUCCUCUGGGAUGCAUUCAAGAGAAUGAACGUAGAUGAAGAAGAUUUGAAGCCAUGUAAAACCAUGUUGAUAGCCUUUAAUGGAGAAAAAAACCCCACUAAAAGGAUAUAUUGA